CAUUUGGAAGGAAAGCGCCCAUGUGUUUCUCUCUCUCUCUCUCUCUCUCUCUCUCUCUCUGAUGGCGUUAUCAUGGCCGCUGAUCUUUCUCAGCUCCACUCGCCCACUCUCCACAGCCCCACCAUCCAUACGAUCGCAUCUCCUUACCCGCCAUCACCUUCCAACCAUCUCAGCAACCGCCCUUUCCACUUCCCAACUUUCACUCCCCGACAAAUUCCAUCCCUUCAUCACCACUCCCACAAAACCCCACGACCGGGUGCUGAAGAUCACAGCCGCCCACUUCAACAUCUCAUUCCCACCGCUCAUCUCUCCUCACGAUCAUUGGAGAAUAUGGACCUCGCUCUUCAUAGCUGGUGCAUUCGGCCUCUGGCCGGAGAAGACGAAAGUGCGGAGUGCGCUGAGCGGCGCCCUGGUCAGCACUCUGGUGGCGCUUGCCACGACCAACCUCAGCAUCAUUGCUAGUGAGGUCCCGGUGUAUUCUGAUGUCUUGGAGUAUCUGCUGCCCAUCGCCAUUCAUUUGCUGCUCUUCAGAGCAGAUCUGCGUCGCAUCCUGCAGUCCAUCGGGGCGCUGCUUUUGGUCUUCUUGCUUGGAUCAGCUGCUGAACUGUAUGACUUUGAUGAUGAGAAGAACCGAUCCGAUUUUAGCAACUUCAGAACACUUGGAUUUAAGAUGGAUGGAUGGGAUGGAAGUUGGAUCAAGUUGCUUGGGAGAAGCAUUUUUGGUUUGGCUGCUGCAGCUACCACUGUGAUUGCCAUCAGUUGCGAUUCCUUGGGCCUCGCGGAGUCUCUCAUCAUCGCUUUCCCUGCUUCUCAUGGAGAGCUUGAUCGGCCUCGUGAAUAGGAUCGAGAGGGCCUAUAUGGUCCUCGGCGACUACGGUGGCGACAACUCCUUGCUAACUCUUUGGGAAGCCCUUCCGUUCGUCGCUGUCAUCAAUGGACAGCUGCACAAGACAGACAAAGGACAGACGGAGCAUGUUGAGUUUCUUCACUCGCCAAAGAGGAGAUUUUCAGUUUUGGGAAACUUCGAAGAACAUAUUGGAAAUUGGAUAUCCAAGAGAUGACACUAGAUAUGAAAAUUCACCUCAAUCAGAGUAUAUUGACCUCCCCCAGUACAGGCAAGCAACACAUGUAUUCGCAGCAACCAUUACUCACCAGCAGCUUUGAUUCUGUUCACUCAUCAUUAUCUCCUAGCUUUGCCACACUGCUGACAAGUUGUUCAACAGAAAAUUUGAAAGAGGCACCCGAACCAAUGGAAACAGAAUUCGUGUCCCAAAUCAUUGUAUUGUUUUUUCUCUUGACCAUUCAAUGUCUUUGAUACAAUGUUCCUCCUACUCCAAUAUAUGUUUAUUUAUUUAUUUUGUUCUUUUUGUUAGCAGAGAUACUUGUUGGAUUCUUUUGAUUACACAACUAGCUCAAAGUAUUUGUUAGAGUCAGAACCUACAUCGAGUAAUUUGAUUACACAUUGGAUUGCAGGGAUAUGGACUGCGAAGACGAUCAACCCAACAGUGCCAUCUAUGUUCAACAAGCUAAUGCAUGAAGUGGCUUGAGGAGAGGUUUACCAGUUCGGUCUUCUCCAUUUCAUUGGACAGUGGCCAAUCUAGGAGCGGACCACAUGAAGGAUUUUUAUUUAUUUUUAUGUAUUCAAGACCAUUUUCAACAUAUUAUUGUAAAUAUUAUAUAUUUUAUUGUAAAGUAAUGCAAUUUUUGUUUAAUAUUCA